AGAACAGACAGCUCUUGGCUCGACAACCACUCACGACACGGCGCUUUAUAUUUCGUACUACCGAAGUUGCACAACGCUCAAAAACAAGGUUUUUCUCUGCUAAAAAGACAUCUGACCGUCAAGUUUAGCCUUUCCCAAGCCUCAAGUUACACACUUUUGUGUUCAUUCAGACGCCAACACGAUCUCGUUGAACAAAAGCCGAUUCAUUGAUUCUAACACUGCUACCAUGAACCCGACCAACCCCGCUCAUCAAGGCGCUGCGCCGCAACAGCAGCAGCCGCAACAACAACAGCACGCACCCUUUGUGCCCCAGCACAUGCCCGCUGGUCAGCCAGUACGCUUCUACGGCCAGCCACCACAACAGUUCUACCAACAAGGGUUUCCCCCGAACUUUCCCCCGUACGUCAUGGGCCCCAACGGCAUGCCGAUGAUGGCGCAGCCCGGCUUUGCCCCUCCGUACAUGAUGGGCCCUGGCGGCGUGCCAAUGGCCGUUCCGCAACACCCCGUGCAACAACAGCAGAUGCAACAGCCGCCGCAGCAACAGCAGCCGCAAGCACAGCCUCAAAAGCAGGCUGCCGCUGCCCCUGCUCCUGCACCUGCCGCUGCGCAGCCUGCCGCCCCUGUUGCCGCCCCUGCAUCCACUGCCGCUGCUCCGGCUCCUACCACCGCUGCUGCUGCCGCUGCUGCACCUGCACCUGCGCCAACGGCCGCCGCCGUCGUUGCUGCCACCCCUAGCCCGGCCGCCUCCGCAGGAUCAUCCUCGUCGGCGUCGUCGUUGUCGUCGUCCCCUGCUGCAGGCUCGUCUGCUGACUGGAAGGUCGGCCUCGUCGCCCCCGUCAAGGACCUGCGUCCCAAGACGGAGGACGUUACUAACACCAAGGGAAACACGUUUGAGGACUACCACUUGAAGCGCGAGCUUUUGAUGGGCAUUUUCGAGAAGGGCUACGAAAACCCUUCCCCGAUUCAGGAAGAGAGCAUCCCCGUCGCAUUGGCAGGACGCCACGUCCUCGCUCGUGCCAAGAACGGCACCGGCAAGACCGCUGCCUACCUCAUCCCAUUGCUCGAAAUGAUUGACACGGGCAAGCCGCACAUCCAGGCGGUUGUGCUCGUCCCGACGCGCGAGCUGGCCCUGCAAACAUCACAACUAUGCAAGGAGCUCGGCAAGCACAUGGGCGUCAAGGUGAUGGUCACCACUGGUGGUACCAGCUUGAAGGACGACAUCAUCCGCCUGCAGGAAACCGUGCACGUCCUCGUCGCGACGCCUGGCCGCGCGGUCGAUCUCGCGCAAAAGGGCGUGGCAAACGUGACACAAGCCCGCGUUGUCGUCUUUGACGAGGCUGACAAGCUGCUGUCGCCUGAAUUUUUGCCAGUUGCCGAGCAGAUGCUUGCUCUGCUCCCUCCCACGCGCCAAGUGAUGCUGUACUCGGCCACCUUCCCCGUGUCCGUCAAGGACUUUAGCGACCGUUACCUGAAGAACGCGUACGAAAUCAACCUGAUGGAGGAGCUGACCUUGAAGGGUAUCACGCAGUACUAUGCUUUUGUCGAGGAGCGCCAGAAGGUGCACUGCCUCAACACGCUCUUCUCCAAGCUCCAAAUCAACCAAAGUAUCAUCUUCUGCAACUCUGUGCAGCGCGUCGAGCUGCUCGCGCGGAAAAUCACCGAGCUUGGCUACUCUUGCUUUUACAUUCACGCCAAGAUGCUUCAAUCACACCGCAACCGCGUCUUCCACGACUUCCGCCGUGGCGCAUGCCGCAACUUGGUGUGCUCGGACUUGUUCACGCGCGGUAUCGACAUCCAGGCCGUGAAUGUGGUUAUUAACUUUGAUUUCCCCAAGAAUGCCGAAACGUACCUGCAUCGCAUUGGUCGCUCGGGUCGCUACGGCCACCUUGGUCUUGCCAUCAACCUCAUCACCUACGACGAUCGCAUGAACCUUCUGCGCAUCGAGCAAGAGCUCGGCGCCGAGAUCAAGCCCAUUCCUGCCGUUGUCGACAAGUCCCUCUAUGUUGCCAGCGAAGCCCCUGCCCCUGCUCAGUAGAUUGGAUUUACGUUUUGAUUCCGGUCUGAUUUGGUUUUUUUUUCUUUCUUCUUGUUCUUGUUCUUUUCAUCAUUUUUUUUUUUUUUUUUUCCCCCGCUUCUUCUCACCAACCCGCCCGC